UUUGCACGCGCAACACAAUGGGCUGCUGUUAGCACCCAUUUUGGAUUAAGUAAUGUGGCACCACAAGAAUGACGCACACCGCGUCGUAGAGAAACCUAUUUUUUAAUUUCAUAAUUAUAAGUCCAAUGACAGAACCUCUAAUCAUUUUUAAAGUUAAAGCUCCAAAAUUCCUACAGAAGCAUUUGUAUUUAUUUAUGUUGUAGUACUAACUCUUACCAUAAAAGGAAAUUCACCAUCCUUUGCAUCAGUGCCAUUAACUAUCUUCCCAUCACGUGCCAAUACCUUCCCAUGCUCACUAAAAACACCCAAAACGAACAUGAAGAGUAAAUAAUUAACCGUAGCCAUGUAAACUAGUGCAGUUUAAUUUCAAUUCUGUUAUAAUGAAUGAAACUUACUAACUCUUUUAUAACUCGACUUACCAUAUACAUAUAACUGUGGGGUGCCUAUCUGAUAAGCCGUUCAGCAUUCAAUCAAAUUUAACCUUACAAAAAUUAUAUACCCAACACGCAUUUGGUAACGAUGGGGGUUCUAAUUUACAUGUAUGAAUUUUUUCCUUUAGCAACGAAAACCCCAACUCGGUGAUAAAGUUCAAAAUCAAGGUCUUUGUUUUGAUAAUAUAGAUACGAAGUUUAGCAAAACACAAUUGAGUUAUAUCUUUUUUACAAGGCAUUUACUGAGUUAGCUAUUUCUUUAUCAAUAUUAGUAUUUAUGCAAAUAUAAAAAUUUUUCUUAAAAAAAUGUCUCAACUAUUACAAAAUAUGAAAGUAUUGUUGGGGAAAUAUCCCGUGGUGCGGGGUAUGAUAUCUUACAGUCUUAUAUGGCCAACGAGUAGCGUAAUACAACAGACUAUCGAAGGGAAAAGAUGGGGUGAAUAUGACUGGUGGAGAGUUUUGCGUUUCAGUUUAUAUGGUGGCCUAUUUGUAGCACCUACUCUAUAUAGUUGGAUUAAAGUAUCUAGUGCUAUGUGGCCUGAAUCUACUAUAAUGGCAGGAGUGUGUAAAGCUGCCGUUGAGCAAAUAUCCUAUACCCCUGCUGCCAUGACUUGCUUUUAUUUCAUUAUGAGCCUGCUGGAAAGGAAAACUAUAAGAGAUGCAGCAGCAGAAGUUAGUAAAAAGUUUUUACCAACUUUUAAAGUUGCGCUCUGUGUUUGGCCCAUUGUUGCAACGAUAAAUUUUACUCUUAUUCCCGAACGCAAUCGAGUACCGUUUAUUAGUGUCUGUAGUUUAAUCUGGACUUGUUUUCUGGCAUAUAUGAAACAUUUAGAACAUCAUCAGAUAAAUGGAAAUGAAUAUUAAUUAAACCAUUUUGUUU